CCCAUUCAAAAAUCAAAGACGAAACGAUCCCCAAGUCUGCCAGUCUUCACUCUCCUUCCAGAUGGAGAGCUCCAUCAACCUGCAAUCAGUAUGGUUCUAACAAUCUCUCAACGACUCUAUCCCUCUUGCCGCUCAACAAAAAUCUAUUUACCAGUCUCUCCUCGGGUUCGACCUUACUCUAUUAACGAUGCUUAUUAUGAAUUUUUGCUGAAUUAUGGAAGGGAAAAGGAGACCCUUCUUUAAGAAACAUGAUAGCCCCCAAUUUAAGAAAAAGGGGGGCAGCAGAAAGGGAAAUUGGCAUAACGAUAGCCGUGAGCAAUCUCUUGGAAAUUCUCACGCUUCAGACACUGUGUAUCGGAUACUAUGUCAGUCUAGAAAAACUGGUAGUGUUAUUGGUAAAGGAGGUAACAUAGUUAAAGCCCUGAGAGAAGAGACCCAAGCAAAGAUUACAGUUGCUGACUCUUCCACCUACAAAAUCCCAAGAAAGCAUGAUACUACCAAUAGUGAUGAUCCUGCCACUGACAAAGAAGAUGAGUUCAUGGAGCCACAUUGCUCAGCCCAAGAUGCUCUCUUGAAAGUGCAUGAUAGGAUUGUUGAGGAAGAUCUUGUUGGUGGAAUGAACAGUGGGGAUGAUAAUGAAGUUGUGGUUACUGCACGUCUUCUUGUUCCAAACAAUAUGGUCGGUUGUCUUUUAGGCAAAAACGGAGAUGUCAUUCAAAGAUUGCGAAGAGAGACGGGUGCAGGCAUUCGUGUUCUCCCUGCUGAGCAUCUUCCUACCUGUGCUAUGGAUACUGAUGAAUUGGUGCAAGUAAUAUUUCUUUUGUCCCGUCCCUUUUAUUUCCUUGACAUGUGUAUACUUUUUGCUUUGGGUGGUCUGGCAUGA